AUGCCGCCCGGCGACCCGGGUGCCCUCCUGGCGCCCCCCGAAGGCAUCUACCGAAGCUUCGAGGACCUCCUGGCUGCCGUGCAGCGCGUCGCGAAGGACCAGGGCUACGGUGUGGUCAAGCUGCGUGCCAGCAACUACCGCGACGGCAAACCUACGCGCUACGACCUAGUUUGCGAUCGAGGCGGGGUCAAGUACAACAGCACGGCCAAGAAGCGAAAUCCGAGCACGCGCAAGGUCGACUGUCCCUGGCGUGCAAAGGCUGUCUGCGAGGUGCAGCUGGGCAACCAGUGGCGCUUUGCUGUCCAAGAUUCCCGACAUAACCACGAAGCUCGAGUCCCGGCCGCACCCCCUGGACAGGAGAACACCCCCAUCGCCCAGAGCAUCCGGAGUUUUACGCAUAAGCUGGAUAGAAUCGGUCACGAUAUGUCACAAGGCUUUCUUGGCAUGGGUCAGCGACUGGAGAGCAUCGAGAAGAGACUUGAGGCCAUGGAAUCGCGCAUGAAUUCAUUCGAAGCACGCAUGUCCGGCAUGGAGAGUCGAGCGCCUGGCAUGGACAUUCCGCUGCACAACAUGGAUAUGGAGGAACCUAUGCCGGGUAUGACCAUUUCAUAG